AUGGAGCGUAUCUACACAUUGCUGCCCUCGGGCGAAAAGGGCAUCCUGCCCUACUACCUGUUUGUCGUCGGCGCCGUUGCGCUUGGCAAUGCCUUCCAAAACUAUGUGACGCUACACUACACGCGGCGCAUCUACAACGGCAAAUUCGUCCCUAACCAUGCCCUUCCUCCAGCAUCUGAUCGCUACAACCCGGAGGACAGCACUCAGAUUCUGAAGCCUGCCUUACCCUCUGGCAAGGACUCUGAGAAGGCCAAGGACCAAGUAACUCCUUUGGCUGCUCGCCUCUUUGGCGCCUACACCUGGCUUGCCGGCCUCAUCCGCGUCUACGCGGCCUAUCAAAUCGAAAACGCCGGCAUGUACCAGCUCGCUCUUCUGGCGCAUGUCGUUGCUGCUGUUCACUUCACUUCAGAGAUGUUGGUGUACAAGACGGUCAGGUUCAGUGGGCCUCAGGCGUUCCCUUUUGCUGCUGCUUAUGGUGGCACUAUCUGGAUGCUUCUGCAGUACAAGCACUAUGUGCAAUAA